GAAUAUAAACUGUAGCACCUAUAAAAUAAAGUUUCGAAUUGAUCAUCCUUAUUUUUCUAUGGCUGGAAGGGGAUAGCAAUAUCGCUAUUACAUUCUACACCGCUCUAACAAUGACCACAAACACAGGUUUUGUAGCUAUCUCUUUCGCUCUCAGUACGAUAAUCAUUAAUGUCUCUUUCUCACUUCGCUGUUAAGCGCGGGUUACUUUAUUUAUUUUUUCUUUAGUAUGGUAGUAUUCGAGCGGGUGUACACUCGUCGAGCCGCUUCGCGCGUAAAUCGAGUCUUGUUUAUUUAGUGACGGUUUCUUUCGAACUUUUAUGAACUAUGGAAUUAACCUAAUGGAUUAUUUUCAAGUGAUGUGACAAUUGUUAGGUUAAUUUCGAAGAGAGGAUUGAUUUGUCUCCUCAAGAUGGGAUUGAGGUCCGUGUUUUGGACAGUUGUCUUGGGCCUGAUUUUUGGUGCGGAGGCGGGGAUGAUGGGUGAUCAGUGCGACUGGAAUGGCAGUGGCCUGACCAGCAACGCGGAGCGGGGCGUGACACCGGUCUACCUGCGAUGUCGGGAAGGGAUAGUGUCCUGGGUGUAUCCUCGGGGCGCGCUGAGAUUGCUCUUCAAGCCGCCCAUGCCUGCUGACGAGCGGGACUUCCAUGUGUGUGUGCGAGUUGUACGACGACCAGAUCCGCCUGACUUGUUCCACGAUGACCGGCUUAACGAUACAAAGGCCGAACGCUUCCCCGCUCGGUUGUUCGUCGAGGGCGCCCACAAGCUGGUGCCCCUGUACGCGCCGGACGACGGGGACCCGCGCGAGCUCCGCUGCUUCCGCAGCCGCCGAGGCCGUGCCGCGCUCUACGUGGAGGCCGAGCCUGAGGAAGGCACCAAGCGCCGCGAGGCCACGCUGAGAUACGAGGCCAGGCCGCUGAACAGGCGGCACUAUGAUCCUGCCACGGCGGAUUGCAGGCCGUGCACUGAGGAGGAACUGGAACUCGCAUUUUGCACUAGUGAUUUAGUGUCUCGCGGAACAUUCGUGGGCGCCGAGCAGCGCUCGGACCUGGACAGCACGCAGUUGACGCUGCGGCUGAGCAAGCUCAUCCGCGCCACCGGCAGCGCCGGGCCCGAUCCCCGCGCGGACGACGCGGCGGACGAUCAUUACUAUAGGUACGACGUAGACAACGCGGUCGAGCGCACCACCCACCGCAACCACCGGCGGCGGACGCGGAGCCUGCACGCGCACGUGCACGUGUCGUCCUCGUGCGGCGCCGAGGCGGGCGGCGGCGAGUUCCUCGUCAUGGCGCGGAGGAGGCUCGGCCGGUACUCGCUGGUGUGCGCGCCGAGGAUAGAGGACUGGCAGGAGCUCGUGCAGAGGCGGAAUCGAGAUGGCAAUGCGCAUUGCUCGCUGCAACAUUAGAUAGCUCUGC